UUUUUUUCAAAUUUAUAUUAUUAUUAUUAUUAUUUUAUUUUAAAACCGACCAUGUCGUGUAUUUGUCAAUAUUUUGUUCAUACCAAACAAAGACCCGACCAAGGAGGUUCUUAUACUGAUACUCCAACUAUUCCAAAAGAUUGUAUAUCUUCAGAAAAUACUGAAAACAACAAUGAACCGUCCAUUAACACACCCAUAUCCGCCACUGAAUUGGUUGCUGCACGUGCAGAAAAUUGGCUUUUAAAUAAAAAUCUAAUAGAUGCUCGUAUCACUAUUGAAAAUCUUGAGAGUUUGGUUAAAACAAUCAUGGACAAACAGAAUACAAUGCUAACGGAAAUGUAUCAUUUGAAACGUUUGAAUCAAAAGUUGGAAGAAGAAUGUCGUUUACAACGUGACUAUCAUGCGAUGGAACGUAAUGCAAUGAUUCGGGAAUUACAUGAUGUUAAGGAGUUAUUGCAGAAACGCUCAAAGCUAUUGGAUGAAAGUCUACAAAAGAACACCGAGUUAGAGAGUGCUGUCCAAGAGGCCAAUGAGAAGUUCUACUUGAUGGACAUCAAAUAUAUACGAUUAAAAGAAGCAUGUUCUUAUCAAUCGUCUGAGCAAUCUGAUACUAUUGAAGGAUCAUCGGAUGAAGAGCAAACGGAGUAGCAGAUUUUUUUUUUACUUCUAUACUUAUAUAUUUAGAUAUUUAUUUUAAAAUAAAAUACUUACGUAAAAUAGA